CCACGUCUCAUGUUUUUUUUUUUUACAUCCAGCUGGUGAUCAGAGAGAGAUUUUUUAACAGAAAACAUCAAAACUCUCAACUCAGACACUACCCGAGGUGAAUAAAGUUUCCAGUAUGCUUCACUGCAGAGUGCCAAAGCCGGCGGUAUUGAGCCUCAUCCUGAUUCAGGUUGUUGCAGUGGUACUUCUGUUCGGCUGGUACAGCCACCAGGUCUCUCAAAACACGUCAUCAUCUGAGGGCAAAGUCCAUGUGCUGCUUCUCUCUUCCUGGAGAUCCGGCUCCUCCUUCCUGGGUCAGGUUUUUAAUCAACACCCAGAUGUGUUUUAUUUAAUGGAGCCAGGCUGGCACGUUUGGACGUCCUUAAAGGAAGCUGGCGCACAUAGCUUACGAAUGGCAGUGCGCGAUACGAUACGCAGCGUCUUCCAGUGCGACUUGUCUGUGAUGGAUUCGUACAUCCCCCAGCAACAAAACAUCUCCCAUCUCUUCAUGUGGAGUCACAGUCGUGCACUCUGUUCUCCGCCUGCAUGUAUGCUCACACCCCGCGAUGAGAUUAGCAAAGAACCGGAGUGCAAGCUGCACUGUGACGCGCACGGUUUGAAGCUUGCAGAAGCUGCGUGUCAGACUUACAGCCACGUUGUGUUGAAAGAGGUGCGAUUCUUUGAGUUGGAAUCUUUGUACCCACUACUGAAAGACCAGAGUCUGGAUCUGCGCAUUAUUCAUCUAGUUCGUGACCCACGAGCUGUGUUUCGUUCCCGCGAGCAGUCGGCCAAAGCCCUGGUCAGAGAUACAGCCAUAGUUUUGGAGCAAGCAGACAUCCCAGAACAAGACGGGCAGUACAACGUCUUGCAAAAAGUUUGUCACAGUCACGUACACAUUUAUGAGACUGCCAUGCUUAAGCCACCGGAUUUCUUGCGUGGACGCUACAAAAUGGUGCGUUAUGAGGAUCUGGUGCACAACACAUUGAUGGAGAUCGAAUCUAUGUACCAGUUCGUGGGUCUCGAAAUGACCAAAAACUUGCAGGAAUGGAUCUAUCGCAUAACCCACGGGAAGGGAAAGGGGACAAAGAAGGACGCAUUCAAAAUCACUUCACGAAACGCCGAGGAUGUCUCCUUGGCUUGGCGAACCACCUUACCGUACGAAAAAGUCCAGCGCAUCCAAGAUGUGUGCAAAGGAGCCAUGUCUCUUCUCGGAUAUAAGACCGUUGAUGAUGAGCGAGAGCAGAAGCUGUUGGAUUUGGAAUUGUUGGUGUCACGAGAACGCAACCAAUUUAGUUGGCUAUCGCCGAAAAGCAGUACCGCUAAAGUAUAGUAACUGGAGUGAUCAAAACCCGAGAUCAAAGAAUUGAGGCACAUUUGUGUCAAUCAGUUACUUUCUCCUUCAGGUUACAUUAGUGUAAAAACUAAAUGAUGAAAGAUCAAAGAUUUAUGGACAUUUCAACAUUCAUAGUGCCCACAGUGCACAGGAAGUAGCUGUUAAUCAGAUCAACGGAAAGUCAGAGGAAUGAGUAGUUGAAAGAGAUUGUGUUUCUCACACAAGACACAAUCUUUAAUUACUGGAUGCAGUUUUUAAAGAAACAAUCAUCCAAUAAUCAACUUCAACAUGUAUUUAUUGACAAUGAAACUGUCUUUUUGUUUUUGUUUCCAACAAGGAAAAUUGCAUUUCAAAAGUUACACAGUGGGUAAAGGGAACUAUGGGACUGGUUGUUUUUCUCUUGUUUCAUGAUAAACACAUUUGAACUGUACCACUGCAAGACAUACAUGUCACUCAGCAACUUCACACAAACCAACUACAUAAUGAUAUGUCAAUAUUCUCACAUAUAAAGUAGUUUAUUUGAGAUUAUGUUUAGAUUGCUCUAUUUGAUGGAUGUGAUUUGUCAUUGGACAGCGAUUUAGUCAAACAAGAGAGCUAGGAUUAGGGUUAGCCUAUUGGUUAAAGGAAUAUUCCAUGUUUAAUACAAGCUUUGCUCAAUCAGCAUUAUUUGUGGACGUUAUUAUUGAAACAUAAUAAAAUUGUUAAUUUGUGGUCAGAGAGUUCAUUGUUUUACACCGAUAAGUGUUAGUAAGCCUAUACUUUUGAAACGGUGAGUAUAUUAACAUUUACAGAUUAGCCCCAUUUACUUCCAUUGUAAGCACUGCAAGGAAUGAAGGGGGAAAUCUAAAUUUUUUGUGGUAAUCAGUAUAUUAUGCCACAAAUGCUGCCGAUUGAGCUUAACUUGUACUGAACCUGGAAUAUUACUUUAAUGCUUACCCUAACCGUAAAUAGUUGCUUCUGAUUUGUCAAUCUCACUGGACACUAUUUACUAGUGUCAAACAAGUUAGCACAAAAUGACAAACAAUAUACUUCAAUGAACUCUUGAAAACAUGAAUAUUGUUCAGUUGUGGUCAGUAUUUCGAAUUUCUUAUUUCGAAUUACAAUUGUUUUUAUAUUUAAAAACGUAUAGUUCCGACUCUAAUCAUGUUCACUUCAUGUUGGAAUUUCUGUAAUUAUGAGAUUGCUACUUGGGUAUUGUAUCUCAGACCUCGGAAAUGAUUUGCUUCUAGACACACUCGACACCAAAACGUCUUCGUUGAUAAAAAAUAUCUUUAUCAUAAAAAUUUAUCACUACUUUAUUUCAUUAAUCCACCUCUUUGUUAUUGCAAACUGAACAAAAAAAAGCACUCAAGGUAACCAUAGCAUAACAAAAUCAAACAGAAAUAUGUUUAACUACAUUUAACAGUUGAGGCUGCUGCCAUUUUGUUUCUUUUUACAUACAUCACAACUGUCAAGUCAGAGGUUUCAUAGAAUUUCAAGUUAACAACUUGUAAUUAUGAGUUCUAUGAAAAUGUAAAGGUCGGAAUCUCGUGACAUGAUGUGGAUCUGAUUGGAUGAGACACAUUAGAAGAUGUAAAAUAGCUGAUAUACACAUCAGUUCAAUUUUAUAUUAUUGUGCCAUGUUGCAGCAAAGCAUUAUAUUUGGCAACCGUAAACAGAAUAUUUAGGUUAGUGGACCACAUUACUUGGCGAAAUAAUUUGUAUUGUUUUUUAUUUAACAUUUAUUGAACAGCAGUUAAACGGCUUGGU